CAAGGAGUCUGCGUUCCGAUAAUUUGGGCACAGAAAACAGCAUAUGAAAAAUCUGUAAAAUGGUGGAGUCCUGGACAUGUCUGAAUUUUUUGUACAGGAAUGUAGACAAGGUGCUSGUUAUAGGAGAAACCUAAGAAAAAAUUCCGAGUAUGUCAUUUGUUCUGCUGUUACUGAGAGGUGAAUUACAGAAAGUCACUCCCAGAGCAUCUUUGGCUGUAUGAACUCCUGAGCCGUCAAGGGACUGAGAGGCUUAUGAAGAGGUUCUGUCAGGCAAAGCAGUGCCUAGCAAAGACACCAAGGAGGAGAGAAAAGGAGAAAGGGAGGGAGAGAGACCUGAAACACUAACAAACCAUGAGAUCUAUCCGAUCUUUUGCUAAUGAUGACCGCCAUGUCAUGGUGAAACAUUCAACCAUUUAUCCAUCUCCAGAGGAACUUGAAGCUGUUCAGAACAUGGUAUCAACAGUAGAAUGUGCUCUUAAGCAUGUCUCUGACUGGAUGGAUGAAAAGAACAAGUCUACAAAAAAUGAGGCUGAUGUGGAAGUGAAGGAGGAAGCUGCAGAAAGCAAUGCCAAGGAUCAAGGUGGUCGGACGUUAUGUGGUGUUAUGAGAAUUGGCUUGGUUGCAAAGGGCUUGCUGAUAAAAGAUGAUAUGGAUUUGGAACUGGUUCUCAUGUGCAAAGAAAAGCCCACAAAGACCUUGUUAUAUAUAGUCAAAGACAAUCUCCCAGUUCAAAUUCAGAAACUUACAGAAGAGAAGUAUCUUGUGGAGGAACAUGUAAAUGAGGCAGCUAUUAUUAUCCGUAACACAAAGGAGCCCAAGCUAACACUGAAGGUGAUACUUACAUCUCCUCUCAUUCGAGAUGAAGCUGAGAAGAAGGAAGGAGUAGAUAAUGUUGCGAUGAAAGAUCCUCCGGACUUAUUGGACAGGCAGAAAUGCCUGGAGGCCUUGGCGUCUCUGCGGCACGCCAAAUGGUUUCAGGCCAGGGCAAAUGGACUAAAAUCAUGUGUAAUUGUCCUUCGUAUUCUCCGGGAUUUGUGCAACAGAGUCCCCACAUGGGCACCACUCAAAGGAUGGCCACUCGAGCUUAUAUGUGAAAAAUCUAUAGGUACUUGUAAUAGACCUUUGGGCGCUGGGGAAGCAUUACGACGAGUGAUGGAGUGUUUGGCAUCUGGAAUUCUGCUUCCUGGAGGCCCUGGUCUGCAUGAUCCCUGUGAGCGAGAGCCAACAGAUGCUUUGUGUUAUAUGACAGUUCAGCAAAAAGAAGCCAUUACACACAGUGCUCAGCAUGCACUCAGAUUAUCAGCCUUUGGUCAGAUCUAUAAGGUUUUGGAAAUGGAUCCCCUCCCAUCAAAUAAGUCAUUUCAGAAAUACUCUUGGUCUUUAACUGAUAAAGAAGGUACGGGCUCGUCUGCACUCAAGAGACCAUUUGAAGAUGGUGUUGGGGAUGAUAAAGAUCCAAAUAAAAAGAUGAAGCGUAAUUUAAGGAAAAUACUUGACAGCAAAGCAAUAGACCUCAUGAAUGCUCUGAUGAGGCUCAACCAAAUCAGACCAGGGCUGCAGUAUAAGCUGCUGUCACAGUCUGGUCCAGUGCACGCCCCAGUCUUCACAAUGUCCGUAGAUGUCGAUGGUACGACGUAUGAAGCAUCAGGACCUUCUAAGAAAACAGCCAAGCUCCAUGUGGCCGUGAAGGUUCUGCAAGCAAUGGGGUAUCCAACUGGUUUUGAUGCAGAUGUCGAAUGUAUGAGUUCUGAUGAAAAAUCAGAUACUGAAGGCAAAAAUGAAACAGUGUCUUCAAUCUCAAGCAAUAAUACUGGAAAUUCCACAGCUGACACCUCCACUACCCUAGAGGUAAGAACUCAGGGCCCUAUACUCACUGCAAGUGGCAAAAACCCAGUGAUGGAGCUCAAUGAAAAGAGAAGAGGUCUGAAAUAUGAGCUUAUCUCUGAGACAGGUGGAAGCCAUGACAAGCGCUUUGUGAUGGAGGUAGAAGUAGAUGGGCAGAAGUUCAGAGGUGCAGGCCCAAAUAAGAAAGUAGCAAAGGCAAGUGCUGCAUUAGCAGCCCUUGAGAAACUGUUUUCCGGGCCUAAUGCAGCAAACAACAAGAAAAAGAAGAUUCUCCCUCAGACAAAAGGGGCUGUCAAUCCUGCUGUUUCUGCAGCAGUCCAGGCUGCUCGCGGCAGAGGACGAGGUGCUCUAACACGAGGGGCGUUUGUUGGGGCAGCUGCUGCUACUGGUUACAUAACACCAGGCUAUGGAGCACCAUAUGGGUAUAGCACAGCUGCGCCAGCUUACGGUUUACCCAAGAGAAUGGUUCUGUUACCAGUUAUGAAAUUCCCAACAUAUCCUGUUCCCCACUACUCAUUCUUUUAGCAAAUGGCAGAAGCUAAUUCCUAUUGAUUGAACAACACAAUACAGUACAGAAUGUUAGAAGAAAAAAAAAAGCCUUUUUAUCCUGUUUUCUUUGAACACAUACUUGAGCAAAGUCAUUUGUAAAGAAACAUCUUUUCCUACUUUUUGAUUUUAACAAAAUGCAGAUUUAGUUCUCUAAAACUUGAAAAAAAUGUUCUGUGAAAUGUUACCUCAUUUUCAAAUAACUUAUACCAGCCUUCUGUUAUAGGGAAGAACUAGAAGCUUAAAUCUUACGUUUUAAAUGAAGUAUCCGAUUAUGUAAAAUUAAAAUUGUGAAGGAUGUAUAGACUAUAAAACACUGAUCACAAAUAAACUGUUUUGUUGUAACACAAGAGUACUGCCUGUUUCCUAAUGCAGUCACAGAGAUUUUCAGUUAAUGACCUGUACUUGCUGUAGGGCUAUCUAAUGCAGGGCAUAGUUAUUUAAAAAUAGAAGUACAAAGCCACAACAGAAAUUUACAGUUAAAAUUUAACUCUUGUAAAUAUUAUUGUGUGUAAUAAACUUAGUAAAACAUGGGUUAAAAUACUGUUUUAUCUUAUUCUUUUUAUAGAGUUAAGCAUCAGUACCUGAAAUAGGAUCCUUAGAAACUUUAAAAUGAGCCAACCGUAACUCUCAGUGAUUU